CGCGCGCCGGCGGUGCCCGCGGGGGCCCGCCCCGUGGCGCCGGCGCCGGCGGCGCCUGCACCGGCGACCGCAGGCAAGCCGAGCAAACCGUCGUCGCACGCGAAUCGCGCCAAGAAUGUGGCGCUCGCUGCGCUCACGGGUGGCAGCAUUGGCCUCCCAGCGCAGGAGACGCCGGCGCCAGGGUUCCUCCCAGCGGGCGGCGGCGCACGUAAGGUCAUCCCGGAACUUGUGCUCCCAUUUCCGCUGCCAUGCGAAGUGGAUGUAGCGGGACAUGAGGCUGAUCUCGAACUCGGCAGCAGUGUCGUGUUCCAGCAAGCGCUGCGCCAGACCCGUAUGAUGCACAUGCUCCAGAUCUUGCCGCCGUACAGCCACCGGCAGCGCACGGGUAUGGAGUACUAUGAUGUCAUUCCGCCGCAGCUCCUGCCUGGGAUCCACGCGCGGUCGGCGCAUACGCUCGUGUCGCUGGGUCGUGCGGAUGUGCAGGUGGGUCCGAUGACGUAUUAUGGCGUGCGGUUCUGGCAAUUGCGCCCGGCGCCGGCGCCGGCGCCGAUGCCCCGCGCGCCACGUCCUGCUCACCCGGGGACAGUGCGCCCGCCCAUGGCGCACGGUCCUGGCCCUGCUUUGGCGAGACCCGCCCCUGGUGCGAGCGCGCCACCAGCGCCCCAUCAGGCGCCCGAUCCUCGGCAGUCCCAGCCUCAGCCUCAGCCCCAGCCCCAGCCCCAGCCUCAGUCCCAGCCUCAGUCCCAGCCUCAGCCUCAGCCUCAGCCUCAGCCUCAGCCUCAGCCUCAGCCUCAGCCUCAGCCCCAGGCGCCCCCAUCACAGCCCCAGGCACCGCCGCCCCAGGCACGACCACUAGACGCUGGAUUCGUGUCGCGCCUGCAGCAGCGUGCCGAGCGCGAUCCACAUUUGCAGCAUCUCCUGCAGCUCGCGCGAGCAGGGCAACUACCCGAACAGGGCAUCAUCCAGCUCAAUGCCAUUCUCGCCUCGCUCAUGGCUCCGCCUGUGCCGCCGCCCGAGGAGCGCGCGCCGCCCGUGAUCCUCGUCGAGUUUCCCGAGAACCCAAGCCUGCAGCUGGUCCUGCCCCUGUGGCAUGCGGCCGUCGAGCGCCAGCACGCGGACGGGAAGGCAUCGUCUGUGGCGCUCAGCUUUUUUGCGCCAGCGAUUGGCUCCAAGGCCGCCGGCGAGAGCGGCAAGGACGAGGCCCAAGCGGCCGUGCAUGGCAUGCUCGUCCGGGACAUGAGCCACGUGUCAUCUGCGCCACCGCCCGACACGCCAGCGACUGCCCAGGAAGAGGCGGCGCCGGCAGAGGCGCCUCCGCCCGCGCCGGAGCCGAAGCGGCGCCGCGCAGGCACACGCAGCAAGGGUGUCAAGGCGGAAGAAGCUGUCCCCGCAAGCACAAGCGCCGCGCCGCCGCCGUCGCGCAACCACGAGCUAUUUCCUUUGACGUGGCGCAUCACGUCCGUGCAUGGCGUCGAUGAGCGCCUGUGGGACUGCGUGGGGCGCGUGCCAGGCUGCCUAACCAACGGCACGUGGGCCUCGCCCGGCGACGAGCGAGUGUUUGCCGCCAUCAAGGCGUCGUUCGCGCAGCGGAGGCGCACGAUGCCUGCCCUCCAUCAGCUUCCGCCCCGGCUGCGCGCGACGGACGUCCCACCGGGCCUCGCGGAUCAUGUGCACGACCGCUAUGCCAUGCGCGUGGCCGUGUACACGCACCGGCCACAGCCCAAGCGCAAGGUCGCGAUGCUGUCCGAUACCAAGGAGGCAAGCCAUGCACGGAGCAUGGAGCCGACGCCCCGCGCGCCUGCGCUCAGCGAGGACGGCACGAAGCCGAAGCGCAAGCGCCACGUGGCGACGCACAACCCCGAUGGCAGCAUCAAGAGCUGCGGCGCAUGCGGCAAGACCAAGACGCCCAUGUGGCGGCGCGGGCCCAAGGGACCCUCGCAACUCUGCAAUGCGUGUGGCGCCAAGUGGAAGGCAGGGCGCCUCAUCGUGCCGGAUGUGCCGCCGCCACCGAUCCUCAACGACGUGCUGCCUGUGCGGCACGUCAAGCCGCCCGUGCCAAGUGCGCCGAGCCUGCCUCCGACUGGCGCGGACGUGCAUGGCCCGCCAAUGAUGCCCGUCCCACAGGUGCCACCGUCCUCAGGUGCGCGAUCGAUGCCGGCACCCGACCGCCCGCCCGGUCCGGACCCGGCGCCGCCACGGCCGGAGGCUCACCCCGCUGCACAGAGUGCGCAGCCCAUGCCGCUGCCUGCCGCUACGGGCUUGCCACAGCACGAGGUGAGCGCGCAACCGCCGCCGCCGCCCGCGUCCGAGGCGCCAGCGCCAGCUCCAUAG